UAGCUCGUUUGUCUCCAAGAGUUUUGGAAACAAGGUCAGGUUCUGUCAGCACCACGGCUCCGACUAGCAUUUGAGACUUAAACAAAACUAGUCUGUCUUUUGAAGUGGAGCUGUAAAAAUGAAGACUUCGUUAGUAUUCCUAGUGGCGCUGUUGGUGAUAACACAAAAUUUCUUAGUUACUCAACAGCAAAUUGCCACGAACUUCUUUGAUCUGUUGGCGAGAUUUGUUCGCGAGGGUACCAGAUUGCGCAAUUUGGAGCAUAGUGAAAAUGAGGAGGCCCCCUUACUCAAGGAAUACGAUUUCAUUAUCGUGGGAGCAGGAACCGCAGGCUGUGCAUUGGCUGCCCGCCUUUCGGAAAUUGCCAGCUGGAAGGUAUUACUGUUGGAGGCCGGAGGUCCCGAGCUGUUACCCGUCGAUAUACCCAUUGUGGCAAAUUUGUUGCAAUUGAUUCCCGACAUUAAUUGGGCCUAUGCCACACAGCCUUCGGAUCAAUACUGCCUGGGCAUGAUUGAGCAACGCUGUUACUUUCCCCGAGGCAAGGUCAUGGGUGGCUCCUCAGUGCUCAACUACAUGAUAUAUACGCGAGGAAAUCGUCGCGACUAUGACACCUGGGCCCGCAUGGGCAAUGAGGGUUGGAGUUAUAAGGACGUUUUGCCCUACUUUAGAAAACUGGAAGGUUCGAUUGUGCCAAAUGCAGAACCUGCAUAUGCGGGACGCAAGGGACCGGUGGUCGUAUCCUAUGCCAAUAGUCAUACGGAAUUUAGUGAAGCUUUUGUUAAUGCUGCCCAAGAAAAUGGCACCCCAUACCUGGACUACAAUGGCCGAAUACAGACGGGUGUUUCCUAUGCCCAGACCACCACCAACCAGCAGUUUCGAUGGAGUUCCAAUCGUGCUUAUCUCUAUCCCAUCAAAGGCAAACGACCCAAUUUGCACAUACGAAAAAGGGCUCAUGUCACCAAAAUUCUUAUAGAUCCUCAAACAAAAAGAGCCUAUGGAGUGCUCUUCGAGUCCCAAGGCAAGGUGUAUAAGGUGCGGGCCAGCAAGGAGGUUAUAUGCUCAGCAGGAGCCAUUAACACCCCCCAACUAUUGAUGCUGUCGGGUGUAGGACCAGCAAAGCAUUUGCGCAAACUUGGCAUCCAGCCAUUGGCUGAUUUGGCGGUGGGUUUUAAUCUGCAAGACCACAUUGCCCCACCCCUGAAUAUAGUGGCCAAUGUGAGCAGCAUCACCCUGGAUAAUCUAUUCGAUGUUGAUCAAUUGUUGAGUAUUCAAACCUACAACAGCACGCUAUCGCAGCCCGGGGGCCUGGAGGCUUUGGCCUUCUACGAUUUGGACCAUCCCAAUGUGGUGGAUGGUUGGCCUGUCAUCGAGCUGCUUACCGCAUCUUCAUCUUACCAUGAGAAUCCCUUUUUGGCCAGAGCAGCGGGUCUGCGAAAUGAUAUUUUCAGCGAUUUGUAUGGUGAGGCCAUAAGAAAAAAACUGAAUGUCUUUGCCAUAGUUUCCAUGCAAUUGCAACCACGUAGCAAGGGUCGCAUUUUGUUGCGCAGCAGAGAUCCCAAGAAGUACCCCCUGAUCAAUGCCAAUUAUUUGCAAGAUCCCUAUGAUUUGGAUGUUAUUGUAAGAGGCUUGGAGAAAAUAUUGGAUUUGUUGGAACAACCCUCUAUGCGACGCAUAAAUGCCUCGCUAUUGGAAAGCAGCCUUAAACCUUGCAGGCAUUUGGGUGGCAUCCGAUCGCGAAGAUAUCUGGAGUGCUAUGUGCGCCAUUUAACCACCACCAUUUAUCAUCAAUCGGGUACAGCAAAAAUGGGGCCAGCAUAUGAUAGGGAGGCAGUGGUGGAUGCCCGCUUGAGGGUUUAUGAAAUUAGCGGCUUAAGGGUGGUGGAUGCCAGCAUAAUGCCCAAGCUGGUGGCCGGUCAUCCCAAUGGCCCGGUGUACAUGAUUGCGGAGAAGGCGGCCGAUAUGAUUAAGGAGGACUAUGGAUUUUUGAGAAGAAGAUGA